GUGCACCUAGUGAACCAAACGCGGCUCCAAUCGGUCGGAGAGCUCGCAGUAGAGCGGUCGUGCCAUGGUUUCGUUCGUGCUGUUCGCGCUCGUGUCGGCGGCCUGGGCCGAGCCCCUGGUGCGCACCUGCGAGCCCAUCCGCGUGGACAUGUGCACCAACCUGGGCUACAACAUGACGGAGAUGCCCAACCUCGGCGGCAACGACAUCCAGCAGGAGGCCGACUACACGCUCAAGUCCUUCUCGCCGCUGAUCCAGUACGGCUGCAGCUCGCAGCUGAAGCUGUUCCUGUGCUCGGUGUACGUGCCCAUGUGCACGGAGAAGGUGGCCAACCCCAUCGGGCCCUGCCGCGGGCUGUGCGAGAGCGUGCGGGCCAAGUGCUACCCCGUGCUCAAGGGCUUCGGCUUCUCCUGGCCGGACGCCCUCAACUGCUCGCGCUUCCCGGUGGAGAACAACCACGAGCACCUCUGCAUGGAGGGCCCCAAGGACCGGGGGGUGGACGUGCUGGCGCCCGUGGACCCCGCCGUGCAGAAGUUCGACUGCGGGAGGAAUUUCGUCAGGAAUGAGUUGGGGAACUGCGUGCCGGCCUGCGAUACCAAUCUCAUGUUUGACGAUUCGGAGAAGAACUUUGCCGAGGUGUGGGUGACCGUGUGGGCAAUGAUUUGCUUCGUGAUCAGCUUAGCCUCGGCCCUGACGCUGACAAUAGGCGGAGGCCGCGUGAAGGCUCGCCCUUUGAUCAGCAUAGCCCUUUGCUACUGCAUGGUGAGCGCUGGCUGGGCCCUCCGCAUGUUCUCGGGCCGCAUGUCGCCCUUCUGCCCGCCCGAGGACGGCCUUUCGAACGUCAACUGCGCGUUCGUCUUCCUCCUGAUCUACUAUUUCGGGAUGGCAGCGAAUGCUUGGUGGGUCUGUUUAUGCGCUUGGUGGGUCGCACGUGUGGGACUGGCUUGGCCUCCGGAAAAGCUCCGAAGCCUGGGCUCGGUGCUGCAUGUGUGCGCUUGGGGCUUGCCGGCAGCGCAGACUGUCGCCGCCUUGGUGCGGCGGGACGUGGACCCGGACGAGCUCACUGGGACCUGUUACAUCGGCAACCGCAACUCGGCCACCCUCCUCGGCCUGGUGCUCAUCCCCGACUUCAUCUACUUUAUGCUGGGAAUAUUUUUCUUAAUCCUGGGCUGCGUGCGCGUGAUCCGCAAGCCGCGCCCCUCGGCGGCGGCCCCCUUGACGGCGGCGACGCCCCGCAAAGAGAGCGACUUCCUGGGGGCCGUGUGCACCCUCUACGCCAUCCCCACGUUCUGCGUCAUGGCCAGCAUCUACUACGAGUACAACAACCGCGACCAGUGGCUGAACCGCGAGUCCAAACCGGCCUUAUGGGCCUUCCUCCUGCGCCACCUCAUGUCGCUCUUCAUCGGCGUCAGCACCAUCUUCUGGAUCUGGUCGAUGAAGACUGUGACGGCCUGGCGGGCGGUUCUGCGCCGGCUGGGCCCCAGGAAGCAGCUGCCGGUGAAGGUGCAGACGAUGCCGGUGCUGCGGUACGUCCCGGCGCACCCAGUGCCCAGCACCUUCAGCACGAGCAGCAGGCACUCGACCAGGUCGCACCCGCACCGGAAGCCGAGAGUGCACCACAUCCGGACCGGCGGGGAGACUGUUAUUUGAGGAAAUUCGGGGGGGCGAAGAAAAGAUCUCUGUGUUUUGGCGACUUUGGGGGUUAAGCCAGUUAGCUCUUUUCAAGUCCGGAUUUGUAAAUAUUCUGUGAUCGGUGCGUUGCGACAUUUGUUUAUUCUGGGAUUUGUGUUUUGCCAUAACAGCUCGUUCUGUGUGCAUGAAAACAAACAACCGAUUUAUCGACAGAUGUUUCGGUUUGGGGCUUGCGGACUCUUGCGCGCGUAAGAGACCGACAAGAUUGUUUCUCUUCAAGACAUAGGAGAGGGUCCUUAUAGACUUCGAUUCAUUUUUUCAUUAUUUUCUCAUUUUUUUUCCAUGAAUUAACGUUGUAUUCCUUGUAAAUGUGCCUUGAACGGAUGUACAUAAAAGUGCCAUUGUGUAGUAUACUAUCUAAAGCGGCGGAUAAAUCGACGAACCGUCUCUUGCCAAAUUACCUUCAUGGCGAGUUGUCGAUUAAUCCGGCGCUUUUUUCAGAAUUUUUAUUUUUUUCGUACGAUUUUUUAUACAAAUCUUCAUAAUGUAUUUGUAAUUAUAUUUAUUUAGUUAUUAUGAGUGUAAAAUUGUUUUAAUUAUUGUGAUACGUUUUUUGAAUAUUUGUAGAUAGACAAUAAAACACAAAAAACAUUAAA